AUGGGUGGAGUUGAGUUUGAAGGCACUGUUGACCCUACAGAUGCCGAGCAGUGGUUGGAACUGAUUGAAAGAGUGUUCGAGCAGUUACAGUGUUCAGACGCUGCCAAAUUUAAGGCAAAACCUCUUGUUCUUACUUGGAAUGAUUUUGUGAACGAAUUUCAUAAGAAGUAUGUCCCACCUGCUUAUCAUGAUGCAAAGAAAAAAAAGUUCUUAAAUUUAGAGCAAGGGAGUAUGUCUAUCGCUGAAUAUCAGCUGAAGUUUCUCAGGCUGUCCCGCUAUGCUGGGGGUAUUAUUAAUAAUGAAAAAGAUAAGUGCAGGAUCGACAAGGAACAAGCUGGUAGAAAUGAACAUAAGUUUAGGAAAGCUUAUGCAGAUUCGGGAGGUCCACCAAAAAGGGGGAGGUUUGACAGUUCCCAAGCUAAUACUUUUUGCAAGUUAGCCCAACAUAAGAAGAAUAGAUCAAGUUCCUUUACUGCCAGCACUCCAAGCUAUGGCCAAGACAAGACUCAUAUACCCACCUGUGAGGGAUUGUCCAAUCCUAACCCCACUUUUUCUCUGCGUAUGGAAGCCUCGGUUCAAAAAUCUAUUACCACUCCCUCUCAAGGGAAUAAAGGUGCAAGAUCUAUAAACAUACAAGCAACAAGUACAGGUGCAGCCAAUCCAGCUGGUGGGUCAAGAGCUACAGCACGAGCUUAUGCGAUGAGAUAG